UCAAAAUGGAGAAAACAUUUUUACUUUUUUUGAUGGUGGCAUUAUUUGUGAAAUGUCAUUUUCUACCAGUUGGACCUGGAAAUAAUGGAAUGCCUGUAAAUGAUUUUUGCUUGAUGAACCAAUGUAAAAAUGGUGGAAUUUGUAAGUCAACAGAAUUUUCAUUUUAUUGUGAAUGUUCCAAUGGCUUUACUGGUUCUUUUUGCGAAUUUAUGAUGGAUGAUAAAUGUAAAAUUGAAAAUUACUGCGAAAACGAAGGAACAUGUCAUAGCUCACAAAUGCUUCUACCAAAUUCAAUUGUUGCCUAUCAAGUGAACUGUAUGUGCAAGGAAGAUUAUUUUGGAGACAGAUGCCAAAAUAAGCAUCCUUGUUUGGAAAACAUUUGCCAGAAUAAUGGAAAAUGUACAAAAUCUUGGAUUCUUGGAGAAUAUACAUGUCAAUGUACUAAAGGUUUUGAAGGUAAACAUUGUGAUUUGCCAACACCUAAUCUAUGCGACUCCAAUCCAUGUGCAAACAAUGGUAAAUGUUAUCAAGUUAAAAAUAAAAGUACAUCAAUGAGCGAAGUGUUUUGUGAAUGUAUUGGAAAAUUUAAAGGCUUAACAUGUUCAGAAGAAAUUACUAAUGGAUGUUUAAACAAUCCUUGCAGCAAUAAUGGUACAUGUGUAAGUUAUGGAGAAUUAGGAAUGUAUUAUUGCAUCUGCCCAAAGACGCAUUUAGGGAAACAUUGCCAGAUUGAAAAUCCAUGUAAUGUAAAAUCAUGUAAUGGCAAAGGACAAUGCAACAUUCAAGAAUUUAUCACAAAUGGAAUACGCACAUUUGUUGGCAAAUGUGAAUGCCUUGCUCAAUUUGGAGGGAAUGAGUGUGAACUUGAAAAUCCAUGCUAUAAAACAGAUGUUUGUAAGAAUGGAGGAAUAUGUGAAGUGGAACGUCAUAUGAAUCACGUCAAUGGCGGAAUAGGCUUUGUGACAUUUGGUUUAACUUCUUGUAGAUGCCCCAAAUUAUAUGGUGGAAAAUUUUGUGAAAUUCUCAGUCCUUGUAUAACUAACAAUCCUUGUCAAAAUGAAGGAUAUUGUAAUGUUGAACGCUCACACAUCUGGGAAAAUUCAGGAAGUGUUGAUGAUUUUACAAAACCGACUUGUGACUGCAAGUUAGGAUAUAGUGGAGAGUAUUGCGAAAUGAAUUAA